AUGAUUCACAAAGCAUGUCAGGAAGGACUCUGGGAAAAGGAAGAUAAAAAGUAUGGUAACAAUGUUCUCCUUGUUGCAGCUAAAAAAGGAAACCUCAGGCUUGUCAGAUCAUUGAUUGAAUGCGGUUGUAACAAAGAUAUUAAGAAUACUAAAGAUGGUUUCAGUCCACUCGCAUUGGCGUCAUUAUUUGGUCAUAUUGAUGUGGUCAAAUAUCUUAUAUCUGUAGGAGCAAACAAAGAUAUCAGGAACAAUAACGGAGAAGCACCACUCAUCUUUGCAUCACAAAAUUGUCAUUUGGAGGUAGUCAAAUAUCUCAUCUCCGUUGGUGCCAAUAAAGAAGAAAAGAACAAUUAUGGAAGCACUCCAUUAAUUAUCGCAUCAUCAAACGGUUGCCUCGAAGUUGUCAAAUAUUUAAUUUCAAUAGGUGCCAAUAAAGAAGCAAAGAAAAGUUGUGGGAAAACACCUCUCAUUAUCGCCUCAGCUAAUGGAUCUCUCGAACUAGUUCAAUAUCUUAUCUCAGUUGGCGCAAAUAAGGAGGCAAAGAAUAAUAAUGGAUCUACACCUCUCAUUUCGGCAUCAUCAAACGGACGCUUCGAAGUCGUCAAAUAUCUUAUUUCUGUCGGUGCCAACAAAGAAGCUAAAAACAAUUAUGGAGAAACAUCUCUCAUUUUUGCAUCUCAAAAUGGACACCUUGAAGUUGUAAAAUAUCUUAUUUCUGCUGGGGCUAACAAAGAAGCAAGAAAUAAUUAUGGAGAAGCACCACUCAUUUACGCAUCUCAAAAUGGCCAACUCGAAAUCGUUAAAUAUUUGAUCUCUGUCGGCGCUGAUAAGGAAGCGAAGACAAAUUGUGGAGGGACUCCUCUCAUUUUGGCAUCAAAAAACGGCCAUAUCCAAGUUGUUCAAUAUCUUAUCUCUGCGGGUGCUAACAAAGAAGCCACAGACAAUGAAGGGAAGAAUGUGCUCUCUUAUGCUAGCAGUGAUGUAAUAAGGCAGUUGCUUGAAGAAUCUCACUAA